GAAUGGUCAUUUCUACUUUCAGGUCUGCAGACUGAGUCUCUGGAGAGGAUCCUAUGUAAAGGAACUUGACUUUCUUCUGGGGACAUUUGCUCUGGAGCCCCUGAUUUCACCAGAUCUGAGGAGAUACAACUAGUGCACUCACUAUGAAUGUGACAAGUUUGUUUUCCUUCACCAGUCCGGCUGUGAAGAGACUUCUUGGGUGGAAGCAGGGUGAUGAAGAAGAAAAAUGGGCCGAGAAAGCUGUGGAUGCGUUGGUGAAAAAACUGAAGAAAAAGAAGGGGGCCAUGGAGGAAUUGGAAAAGGCCCUCAGCUGCCCAGGGCAGCCCAGUAACUGCGUGACCAUCCCCCGCUCUCUGGACGGCCGGCUGCAGGUCUCCCACAGGAAGGGCUUGCCCCAUGUCAUCUACUGCCGCGUGUGGCGCUGGCCCGACCUCCAGAGCCACCACGAACUCAAGCCGCUGGAGUGCUGUGAGUUUCCUUUUGGCUCCAAGCAGAAGGAGGUCUGCAUCAACCCCUACCACUACAAGCGGGUAGAAAGCCCGGUUCUUCCUCCAGUGCUGGUUCCAAGACACAGUGAAUACAAUCCACAGCAUAGCCUCCUUGCUCAGUUCCGUAACCUGGGGCAGAAUGAGCCACACAUGCCACUCAACGCCACUUUUCCGGAUUCUUUCCAGCAACCCAACAGCCACCCGUUUCCUCAUUCUCCCAAUAGCAGUUACCCAAACUCUCCUGGGAGCAGCAGCAGUACCUACCCUCACUCUCCCACCAGCUCAGACCCGGGCAGCCCGUUCCAGAUGCCAGCUGAUACCCCUCCACCUGCUUACCUGCCCCCCGAAGACCCUAUGACACAAGAUGUCUCUCAGCCAAUGGACACAAAUAUGAUGGCCCCUUCACUGACUUCAGAAAUCAACAGAGGAGAUGUUCAGGCAGUUGCUUAUGAGGAACCAAAACACUGGUGCUCUAUUGUCUACUAUGAGCUCAACAAUCGUGUGGGUGAAGCGUUCCAUGCCUCCUCCACAAGUGUGUUGGUGGAUGGUUUCACCGAUCCUUCCAACAAUAAGAACCGCUUCUGCCUUGGGCUCCUCUCCAACAUUAACCGGAAUUCCACGAUUGAAAACACCAGGCGGCAUAUUGGAAAAGGAGUUCAUCUUUAUUAUGUCGGAGGGGAGGUUUAUGCUGAAUGCCUGAGUGACAGUAGCAUCUUUGUGCAAAGUCGGAACUGCAACUACCAUCAUGGAUUUCAUCCCACUACUGUCUGCAAGAUUCCUAGUGGGUGUAGUUUGAAAAUUUUUAACAACCAAGAAUUUGCUCAGUUAUUGGCACAGUCUGUGAACCAUGGUUUUGAGACAGUCUUCGAGCUCACAAAAAUGUGCACUAUACGCAUGAGCUUUGUGAAGGGCUGGGGAGCAGAGUACCACCGCCAAGAUGUCACAAGUACCCCCUGCUGGAUUGAGAUACAUCUGCAUGGCCCCCUCCAGUGGCUGGAUAAAGUUCUUACCCAGAUGGGUUCACCUCAUAAUCCCAUUUCAUCUGUGUCUUAAGUGGCCUCAGGCUUCUGCCUCUGGAAAACUAUUGAGCCUUGCAUGUACUUGAAGGAUGAAUGAGUCAGACCUGAGGGAGAACUGACAAAGGAGCCUUGGUAAUACUUGACCUCUGUGACCAACUGUUGGAUUCAGAAAUUUAAACCUUGGUAACAUGCUGUUGAUAGCAAGAACCUGUUUAGUUUACAUUGUGACAUUCUGUUGUAAAGUCACCUAAAGUGCAGACUUUUAGCAGGACUUUUGUGUAUAGUUAAAGAAGAGAUGGCCAAGCCAGGGACGCUUUAUCUGUUAGAAAACAGUCCUAAGAGAUUCUUUUGUGUUUGGCACUUUAUGGUCAUCGCUCGACAAGUUUAACAUUAACGGCUAGUCUCUCUGAAGUGUGUUUUUAUCAGGUUCUGAGCCCAUGUUGGAUCUUCUUUCCAUGGGUUUUCAUAAUACUUUAAAACUGUUUAGCUAUGGUUUUGUUUAUUUUUUUAAGUAAAGGUUAAUCUUUAUGAUAUACAUAGUAAUCUUUCUACAAUUGUAUGCUGACCAUACUGCUGUCAGAAUAAUGCUAGGCAUAUGCUCUUUGCUAAAUAUAUAUGUACAGAAUAUUUGGAAGUUAAAAAUGGAAUAGACUAGUAAAAAUAGAAGUAUUUGCGCAGGGGGUGGGGGUGAGGGAAAUGACAGUUGCAAAUGUAGAAUAUACUGUAAAUUCAGUUUGUUGCCUUAAACGAACUGGUUAUCUGAAUUUUGCUGUGUUCGGUUUUUUAGAGAUUUUUAUCUUUUUUUUUAAUCCCUUCCUCUCCACAAAGCAGUUAUGCAGUUGGUUAAUUCCUGUAAUUGUGAGAGCAAAUGAAUAAUUCCAGCUAUUCUCAAAUUGGCUGCCUAUAUGUUUCAAUACCAAGUGUAUUGAGUGCUUGGAUUUAAUAAGCAGUUUGUAUGGAGUUUACAGUUCAGAAACAGGCUUUAAUUUUCAAAUGAAUUGUUUGCCAAACCUAAUAACUCCAAUAAAUAUUUGGAGGAUCUAAAGAAUAUCCCUGUUUAAAUCCAUUUCAAACUUUUUUAAUUUUUUUGUACUGUUUGGUUUUAUUUUUCUUCUGUUAAUCUUUUAUAUUCACCUAGGCUCUCAUACAUUUUAUUCCAAAACUAGUGGGGUUUGUCUACUGGAAAUUUUAAAUAAAUCUGUCAUUAUUGCUUA